UAUUAAACCUGUCAACGAAGAAGAAGAAGUUAAAGGAGGUAGAAAAAAGUGGUCAAGGGUCAAUUGUUAGUGCUAACACCAAACCACCGAAUAAAGAAUGUGAUAUCACACCAAGCAACAAAUAUCCAUCUUCUACAAGCAAAAAGAACAAUGACCAAGCAAUUGAUAACAAUCUCAAAACAAAUUACUAUCAAAUAGACAAACCAUUAAUAAUCAAUCAUAACAAAACUGUUGAUUCUGAUGAUGAUGUAAUACCUCCUACACCUUCACCUGGAAUAAGGAGCUUCAUAAGACCUUCCUCUUUGAUUGAAUAUAACAAAGAAAAAGCACAAUCUAGUUGUACCAGUUUAAAACUAAAGAAAAUGAUUGAUAGAAAAGAAAGAUUUGUUAACAUAUCAAAACAUGUUUCUCUGAAAAGCAAAGAAUCUUCAAAGAUUCAUGGCAUGAUUUGUGAAGCUGGUGAUUUGUUGCUAGAAGAAAAUGAUGGAAGCCAAAGUGCACUGGUUAGCGAAGUAAAUGCUGACCUGCUACUUGAGGAAAUUACAUCUGAUAUUCCACCUACCAGGAUUAUGCAGUUCAAAAGGACAUCAGGAAGUAACAACUCCAAAUGUAAAACCUCUCUAUCUAAUAAAAAAUCUUUGAAAGUUACAAAGAAAGCAAAACCUAACAUGAAUAUGGACUGUGCUGACUCAACUGUCAAUAGUGUAGAAGCUACAGUGCUUGCUGACAGCAAUACACCAACACUUGCACCGCAAAAGAUAGUCAUGAAGAAAGCUAAGGCAAAAUCUCUCAAGCGCUCAGCAUCCAAAGGCUGGUCACCAUCAAGCAAGAGGCAUCAAGGUGAUCACACUCUUGGUUAUUCUCAGGAUGUCAAAAAACAAAAGCAAGAAGAUGAAAGCUUUGAUUGCCAUUUUGAUGAAGAUGACCAAACUAUGGCAGCAYUUUAUGGAGCUGGACUACUAUCAACACCAACAAAMACUGUACAAACUAGGUCAUUAGGCAGCAAUGAACAAUCUAAAGAAAUUGAGGAUAUGGUUUCUCACAGCAGUGAAAAGUCUCUGAAUGAUGGUUCCCUUGAUGGUAUUGAUAGUGAGUUYUUGAAGACUUCACCACCUAAAGAAACAGUUAUAUCAGAURAAAAGACUCCUAYCAAAGAAUAUGACAGACAUUUGAUMAAURACAUAUCAUUAGUUACUCCCACUAAGAAUUCACCCAAUGUAUCACGUGAUAGCUUAUUAGGAGUAGAGAUUGAUGGUUUGAUGGAUGGCUUGGAAUGGUCUCCUUUACCAAAGAAAAUAAUACCAAGGAAUAAAUUAUUUGAGGAAUAUACUCCCCACUCUACCCCCUACUGUCGUUUUUUGGUUCUUGAGGUAUAUAGACGCGAAGCAAACAAUGCAGAGGCUAUGUCUAAAUAUGGGCGUGUCCUGUCUGAGAAGGUUUUAAGGUUGUUUGAUGAGAGYCAGUCUGUAGAGYGGUAUUGUUACUUGAGACAGGAUUGGGAAAUGACUGAAGUGGAGCCUGGGGAUGUUGUUCAUGUAACAGGAGAAUUUGAUAUGACAUCAAGGGUUUGUAUCCUUGACAACAAAACUGACCAAUACCUUGUUGUCCAUCCUGAUACAUUGGUUUCUGGGACAACUGUCGCUGGGGCAACACGWUGUUURCGCAGGAGUAUUCUUAAUGAAAGGUUUCGCACAGAAAACACCAAUGAAGCCAUGUUGAUGGGCACAAUACUCCAUGAGUUGUUUGACAAUGCCAUGCAGUCCAAUGAAUUCUCCACUGAAUAUCUAAUCUCACAGGCAAAAUCCCUUCUAGAGCAGCACUCUUACUUGGACUCCUUGUUUAGUCUUGGCAUGACAGAGGUUACUGCUAUGGACAAAAUCAGUGCUAUUAUACCAGAGUUUUCUAAAUGGGCUAAGCAAUACAUACACUCAACUCCAGAACCUGACCUAGGCGUUAUGGAUUAUAAGACAGCAUCAGAGWCUUCAGAUACCCAGGAAMAACCCAGUGUUUGUAUAGCAGAAUUAAAAGACAUUGAAGAGAAUGUUUGGUCUCCRAGGUUUGGCCUGAAAGGUAAAGUUGAUGCAACUGUCGAAGUUAAAAUUGAUCGUCGUCCGAAGAUUCGGCGACAUAGACCCGACAAAGAUAACGCGAUCCAGUCGUGUAUUGUGCCAUUAGAGUUAAAAACGGGCAAGGUUUUCUCCAAAUUAGGUUCAGUCGAUCACCGCGCACAAGUUAUCCUGUACACAUUACUUCUGUCUGAUCGCCACCGUCAUGCUGUCAACUCUGGUCUUCUGUACUACAUGAAGUCAUCCCACAUGGUUGGAGUACCAGCACUGAUCCAUGAGAAACGAGCAUUGAUCAUGCGCCGUAAUGAAGUAGCGCGAUACCUGUCUCUUGGUCGAACCACUGGUGGACGCCAGAUGCCCGGGAUGCUAAAAGAUGCGCACACGUGUAACCGCUGUUCACAAGCCAACAACUGCACUUUGUUUCACAAAUCCCUYGAAAAUGGUGAUCACGUGACCAGCGGUCUUGGUGAUGACUUUAUCAAACUCACCCAACACUUGACGUCAGAUCAUACUCGGUUCUUUUCUGAUUGGUUUAAACUGRUUUGCCUCGAGGGUAAAGAAGUGCAGCAAUCUGGUAAAACAAGUCAACACCAUAUAUGGAGCUUGAAAGGACUGGAACGAGAAACACUCGGUCAAUGCUUCAGCGGACUAGUGCUGUCAUCACGUGAUCCUCAAUUGGACAGUGAUAAAAUGCAUGUUCACAAGUUUAAACGAUCAGCGGAUAGUCCAAUUAAUACUCCUUUUGUGGAGAUUCCGCUGAACUCUGGUGACCGUGUCGUGGUCAGYGAAGAAGAAAGCUCUUCUAUUGCUAUAGCUGCAGGUUACAUUCGUCAUGUCGAAUCACUUGAGGUUACUGUCUCUCUUGAUAGAGAUCUGUUGAAAAGCUACAGAUCUACAUCAAAUAGUCAACAAACCCCUAUCUACCGUCUUGACAAGAACGAUGGCUACAACACCCUUACUACACUUUGGUCAAACAUAGCGAAAUUACUUCAUAACGACACGACAAGAAACGAAGAACUUCGACAAUUGAUUAUUGAUUUGAAGCCUCCGGUCUUCUGUCGCAGCCGGCAAGCGCUUAUUAAUUUCACUAGCCAGGUUUCCACAGGAACCAGUAGUCAAGAUACUCAACUGUCUAACAGCUCUCAGACUCCCAAACCAUCAAUAUACCGUGACAUUGUGACAGAGUCUCACAUGGAAGGUUUGAACAUUGAUCAAAAAAGAGCGAUUAUGAAAGUACUUUGUGCGGAGGACUACACCUUAAUAUUAGGCAUGCCAGGUACUGGAAAAACCACUACUAUUGCUUGCCUUGUUCGUAUCCUGGUAAAUAGAGGAAAGUCGGUAUUACUUACCAGCUAUACACAUACUGCAGUAGACAACAUUUUACUUAAACUCAAACAGGUAUGA